AUGGCUUACCAGCCCGGUCCCAGCUACCGCUCUCAACUAGACGAUCCCCAAGCCCAAGCCAUGGCCGGCGUCUCCAGCGGCCAGGUCGGCCGCACCUCCCCCAUGCCCCCUGUACCCUCUGUCGCCCAAUCCAACAUCGGUCAGCCAGGUCAGCUUAAUCAGCCAGGCGGCGACGUGACCAUGGGCAGCCCAUACCCGAGCAGUCCAAGCACGCCAGACCGCGGACCCGACUAUGUCUACUUUGAGCGCCGGCCGCAGCAGUUCAGCGAGGAGACGCGCGGUAAGGCGACUGCCGCCAAGAUGAAGCUCGAGCUGUACUACAAGGAGGCGGUUGAGGGUGUCGUCGGACGCAAGGAGCGCCGGACAACGCUCGAGAAGCAGCUGCACUUGGACCAGAUGACCCCGGAGAGCCUCAAGGCGCGUCAGCUCCUCGCGCUUGGCCGCCGCGAGUCAAACUUCCUGCGCCUGCGGCGCACGCGCAUCGGACUCGAGAACUUCCGUACCGUCAAGGUCAUUGGCAAGGGCGCGUUCGGUGAAGUCCGCCUCGUGCAAAAGGCAGACACGGGCAAGAUCUACGCUAUGAAGAGUCUGCGCAAGAAUGAAAUGUUCAAGAAGGACCAGCUCGCUCACGUCCGUGCGGAGCGUGACGUGCUCGCCGAAUCCAACUCGCCAUGGGUCGUUCAACUCUACUACUCGUUCCAGGACCUUAACAACCUCUACCUCAUCAUGGAGUUCCUUCCCGGCGGUGACCUGAUGACUAUGCUCAUCAAGUACGACACGUUCUCCGAGGACGUGACAAAGUUCUACAUGGCCGAGUGCAUCCUCGCCAUCGAGGCCGUGCACAACCUGGGCUUCAUCCAUCGUGACAUCAAGCCUGACAACAUCCUCAUCGACAGCCUGGGCCACAUCAAGCUAUCCGACUUUGGCCUGUCAACCGGUUUCCACAAGCAGCACGACUCGGCGUACUACCAGAAGCUGUUGGGCGGCGGCGAUGUUAGCAACCACCGUCACUCGGCGGCGGGCGGCGCGGCGCGUAACUCGGUGAUGGUCAACGCCAUCAACCUCACCAUGACGAGCAAGCAGGACAUUGCGACAUGGAAGGCCAACCGUCGCAAGCUUGCGUAUUCGACUGUCGGCACACCGGACUACAUUUCCCCAGAGAUCUUCCUGCAGCAAGGCUAUGGAAAGGAGUGUGAUUGGUGGUCGCUCGGUGCGAUCAUGUUUGAGUGCCUUGUCGGUUACCCGCCCUUCUGCUCGGAGAACGCACACGACGUGUACCGCAAGAUCAUCGACUGGCGCAACCACCUGUACUUCCCAGACGACGUCCACCUGUCGCGUGAGGCCGAGGACCUGGUGCGGCGCAUGCUGUGCGAAGCAGACCGCCGCCUCAAUGUCGAGCAGCUCAAGGCACACCCCUUCUUUUAUGGCGUCGACUGGGCGACGAUCCGCAACAUUGACGCCCCAUUCGUCCCCCAUUUACGCUCGAUGACGGACACAAGCUACUUCCCCACCGACGAGUUGGAGCAGGUUCCCGACGUCCCCCAAGGGCAGGACAACAGCUCGAACGCGACAAAGGACCUUGCGUUCUUGGGUUACACUUUCCGCCGCUACGAGAUGCUCUAG